AUUUUUCUUAGUACUCCAACACUAAAUUUCCCAAGCCUAUGGACAACAUAAAAAUGGAAGGCUUACCUUGGGCUCGAAUGACGCAAUUGCAUGCUUGCAACAAAAUUAGAGAGGAUGAAUGGUUAAUCAAUAUAAAGAACUAUGUUGAAGACACAACACAGAAACAGCGAAUUGAAAAGGUUCCAUUAAUGCUGCGUGAGAUUGAAUCCAACAAAAAAUGUUAUGAUCCUCUUGUAGUUUCAAUAGGCCCUUAUCAUCAUGAAAAGCCAGAACUCAAAGCAGUAGAGAAGCUAAAAUUUAAAUAUGCAAAUCAAUUCCGCCUUGCCUGUGGUGAUCAAGUAUCGAUCAAUCAGUUAUAUGCAGAGGUGGCGAAGGUGGCUGACAGUGCCCGAGAAUACUAUGAGGAAGGCUCAACUACAGACUAUGACAACGAAUCGUUCACCAAAAUGAUGUUUCUUGAUGCUUGCUUUGUGCUUCAGUUUAUGUGCAUCUUAACAAAGACAGAAACGAAAGAAGAAGAAGAUCAGCUACCCACAAUGAAGAGUUACCUCUGUGCUUUUGUGUGGAGGGACUUGUUCUUGCUAGAGAAUCAAAUUCCUUUACUAGUACUAGAAGUUUUGUUGAAAUUCAGGGUCGGAGGUAAUAUAAAGUUGAUUCAGGAUUUCCUUGACCUUUUCACCAGCAUAAGGCCACCUGAAAAAACUUCAUGCACUAAUUUCGUCAAGAAAUUUGUCAAUAAAAGCUACUGUGAUGCGGUCAAGAAAUUUGUCAAUGAAUGCUGCCUUGGUGGUCAAACAAACGACAAAAGAGAAUUACAAUUGGAUGGAAGCCCUCACCUUCUAGACCUAAUGCGGAGACAUCUCACGGAGCCACAUAACUUUGAAGACAGAAUCAUGAAGAAAUCAGAUCAAUGGAAUUCCUAUCGUUCAGUAACAGAGCUCGAAGAAGCAGGAAUUCGUUUUAGAGCAAGUAAAACUCAUCGUGUUACUGAUGUAACGUUCAAAGAUCACCUUGUUUGUGGAACUAUGAUACUUCCUCCUUUAGUGGUUGAUGAUACAACAAAACCUUUGCUAUUAAACUUAGUGGCCUAUGAAAUGAGUCCUAAUGGCCCCCAUGAUUCUCUCAUUACGUCAUAUAUUUGGCUAAUGGAUUCACUCAUUGAUCAUGCCAAUGAUGUUAAAGAGCUCCGAAAGAAGGGAAUUCUUGUCAACAAUCUAGGCAGUGAUGGACACUUGGCCACAAUCUUUAACGAGAUAGCUAAUGGUUUGGUACCAGAUCCUCGCGCAUAUGCACAUGCUAAGGGCCAAAUUGAAAAGCAUUGCAGGAAUAAAUGCCGAUUUUGGUUAGCUGAAUGGAUGCACAUCCAUUUCAGCAGUCCCUGGACCGUCCUUGCCUUUCUAGCUGCAAUUUUUGCGCUUGCCCUUAGUACGGGGCAGACGUAUUUUUCUGCUUUUCCACGAUCCUAAGGAGACAAGCAUCUCCUACAAGGAGAAGCUCUUCAUUUGCAAAAGUUUAUUUUUUUACUGUUCAUUUGGAUUUUGUUGUGUACUUCAACAACGCCUUGUAUGUCGUUGUAAUGUAUAACAUCUACUUGAAGAUAUUUAACAAAAUAUUGAGAAGAGUCAUCCCUUCCCUCAUGUAAAUUUCUUAA